AUGAGGCGAGGUCACUGCCCCCACAGCGAGGCCUACCAGCGAUCGAUUUCCGCCCUUCCGGCCUAUCUGUCUGCCUCCGCGAUAGUACUCCUGUCUGGAAGUGGAGGGGAGGAGGGGGGAGGGCUGUCGUCUUGAAACGAGCUUCCUGGAAUAGUUGGUGGAUGGGACGCCGUUAGGGGGCGGGGCCAGGCGGUGGUGGGGGCGAGGAGCGCGGUGGAGGGGGAAGCGAAGGGUGAAGGGGUGGGGAUGGCGGAUCCAGUUCAGUGCUUCAGCGACCCCGCUAGUGCGAGAAUGGAGACUAAGUCGCUCUGGUCGCCGUCCAUCAUCGCUGCCGCUGUCACCUCCCUCUUCAAGUUGCCCGCCAAGAAGAAGAUGAAUAAGAUUAAGACAGUGACUACUGAUACCUGUAUAGCUGACUCAGAGAUAAAGCGGCAGACCGAACGUAGUGUCUGCGGCAUGCUGUGGAUGCUGAGGUGGCUAGAUAGGCCGCACGUGUCGUCUAGUGCGCGAUGCUUUGCGACAGGUUCAACGUGUCUUAGCACAUCUCACAUCAUAGCUGGUUGUUUGAAACAUUUCAUCUUAUCAGGAUGGUAUUAG